UGCCGCUUCUACGCGGAGCUGCAUGCCAUGCUAUUGGGUGCAGCCACCACUACCCCAACCGUGUGCUAUGACUCCGUCACUGGAGAAACACACAGGGUAGAGGGUUCGGGGAAUGAGGAAGAGGAGGAUGAAGAUAAUGUAGAUAGCUCACAGCAGCAAGGAAGCGGAGAAACCGGUUUCCCCAACAGCCAGGAUAUGUUUAUCACCCUGGACCUGGAGCCAGUAACCCCCGAACUCACCCAAGUUGUGCUCCCAGACCCUGAGGGCACACAGGGGACCUCUGCUGCAAAUGUUUCUCCUUCACAGAGGCUAGUGAAGAUCAGAAGGAGAAAACGGCAGACUCGGAUGACAUGUUCACGGAGCUCCAGAUGUCCUCCCACGCUGAAAGAGCACAGCAGAAUGCGUGGAGGCAGUCAAUGUCAGACUACAGAAAAGCACAGUAUGAACGAGAGGAGAGGUGGUGGGCUGAAUCGCGGGAUGAGCAGAGCAAGUGGCGGGCUGAAGAUGAUAGGUGGCGUCAGCUUGCAGACAGAAGGUGAGAGUCGAUGCUCCGGCUGCUGGAGCAUCAAACUGAUAUGCUCCAGCGUAUGGUUGAGCUGCAGGAAAGGCAGCAGGAGCAGAGACUGCCGCUACAGCCCCUGUGUAACCAACAGCCCUCCACCCCAAAUUCCAUAGCCUCCUCACCCAGACGCCCAAGAACACGGUGGGGCGGGCCUCUGACCACCCAAUCACUCCACCCCAGAUUGCCCGAGCAUCAGAAGGCUGACCCUCAAUAAGAGUUAAAGUUUUAAACUGCAGUGUAUCCUUUUCCUUCCCUCCUCCCCCACCCAUCCCGGGCUACCUUGGCAAUUAUCCCCCUAGUUGU